AUGAAGAUACUUCUACUAUUCCUUAUUUUCCAUUCAAUUUCCUGCCUCAAAAACAAAAACAAUACUUAUACUUUCAAACUCGACAACAAAGAUGAAGUGUAUGCUCCAAACGACAAAGUAACUGGUAAAUUGAUUGUGAAGACGUCAGGCGAGCAGAAAAUCGAUAAAAUUGUUAUAAGGUUUUUGGGAGAAUGUUAUGUUGCAUUCAAUAAUGCUGAACAAGUUAUUCGCUCUUCAAUUGCUCCGAUUGUAAAUGAUACAAAAGAAUAUUCGGAUAAACAAUUAUCAGCGAAGGGAAAAACUUUGGAAUAUAAAUUCAGUUUUAAUAUUCCUCCGAAUGCAUUGAUGAGUUUGGAAGAGGGUGCACAUAUUCGAUAUUCAUUGAUCGUUGAAGAUAAAAAUCAAAAAGUUCAGGACUCUUAUAUCAUCACUGUUAUAAAUGGAAUCGAUCUUUCGAAGUCUACAAAACCAUCAGAACCUUCUUCAUGUUCGGGGGUUUCUUCAACAAGUGGAAUCAAAUUCACAGCCACAAUUCCACAAAAAACAUUUAUUGCGAGUGAUAAAAUUCCAGUCGAAAUUGUAGUUGAUAACAAAAGUUUUGGAUAUGCUGUUGAAAGUGUAAGUAAGAUGAACAGCAUUUUUAAAAAAAACACUGUAUAUUUUCAGAUGGAAGCUAGGUUAUCAGUCAAUAUCACCACAUACUCAGCUGUGAAUGGAAAAGUCUUCAAAGGCAAUGAAAAAAAUGUGAAUUUUGAAGAUGAGGAAAAGUUUUGGCGAUCAUCAAGUCUAACGAUUUCAAGUGGUUCAAAGAGAUAUUCAAAUCAUGUUUCGAAAUACAGCAAAGAAACUAAUUUCACUAUUUUCGCUGAAAAUCAUUCCGAUUCUCUAACUUCAAUCAGUCUUCCCUCGGUCAGAAAACGGCGGGGUCGCUACCGAUCGGGGCGGAGUCGCUACACGUUUUUUGUUCCCCGAAACGUGUAGCGACUCCGCCCCGAUUGGUAGCGACCCCGCCGUUUUCUGACCGAGCCAACAAUUCCAAAUCUGCCUUCAUUCAUAAAAUUGCAUCAUUAUAUUUCUGUUGAUCUUAUUGCAACCAAGGAUUUCAUUACGUGUGAAAUUCCUGUUAUAAUUGCAGUAACUCCGGAGAAAUCAUCAAAAGCUAAAAGUGAGUUAAAGCAACUUUUCGGGAAAAUUGAAAUCUGACUUUUUUCAGAGCUUCCAAUCGGCAAAUCCAAUCAGAAAUCGUUUAAACCCCUUUAUCCAGCAUACGAAUUUGAUUAUAGUGUCGAAAUUUGA